AUGUCCACCCCCACCAAGCCCUUCCCCAACUUUGGCCCAAAAUUUACGGCCCCCGAGAACUUCCUCGAGAUCGAGGUCCGCAACCCGAGGACCCACGGCGUCGGCCGUCACAUGUACACCGACUACGAGAUACUCUGCCGUACCAACAUCCCCGCCUUCAAACUGCGCCAGUCCAGUGUCCGUCGCCGCUACUCCGACUUUGAGUAUUUUCGCGAUAUCCUCGAGCGCGAGAGCGCCCGCGUCACCAUCCCCCGCUACCCGGAAAAGUCUUCACCAAUCGGUUUAGCGACGAUGUAA